AUGGGCGCAAAGAUCAAUAUUGAGUCACUUCAAAAUGCCUACCAAUUCUUAAGACAAGGCUCUGAUCCCGUACUAGAUGCCCAUGAGGAAGACGGACCCGAAAAACCUGACAGUGCCGCCAGUUCAGUUGACAUGCCUCGAUCUAUCGGUGUUGAACCACCUGCUCCGUCGAAACAAGCGAAGAAAGUGAAGAACGAGGACGCCCGAGAGCUCCACCAGCAAAACGGCUCCGUACCGGCAUUGCCCCAGCAAUCCCACCUCACUCAUCAACCUGGAUCGUCUAGGGCCAUUCCUGUUGACCAGCCCGCACCACAGAUCCUCGAACACGUCACAGUACGUUGUGCUGAAACUCCGCCACUACACCUUCUCGUGGAUCUACCAGGAAGUUCUGCCGUGCAGAUGCGUGAACCAUCUCCUCACCCAGAAGAUCAGCCUUCCUGGACAGCUCUAAAAUGCACAGUUACAUCUUACAUUGCCUUAAAUUUGUAUACUUGUUGUUAG